GUUCAUGGGCGCAAAUUUCCGGAGCGCGCAAACUCAGCGCUGACGACGUGUGGCGCGCAGUGGAGCGCACUUUCCGCCAAUGCGCUGCGACUGCAGGGGUGUCGGUAGCGCGCGAAAUGGGCCCCGUGGCCGCUGUAUAAAGUCGGGCUGCCACCUCCCCACGUCGGCAGCCAACAGCGCUCGUGUACCGCGUCGAAUGUGGAGGCAGUGCUACGGCGGAUUCCAUAUAACCAUGAUACUACGAUUGAUUCUUCUGAGCUGGCUAGUAGCCGGCGGUCUCUGCCAAGAUGAGUCGACCACCACGACGACCCUGGCGGACGACCUGCCGUCGGCGUCCACAGCAGCGGGCGACACGGCGCCCGCGCCGGCCACCACGGCGAAGCCCAGCGACGACAGCGAGGACGACAUCAACGAUGCCAACGACUUUGUGGAUCAGAUACUGGAGGAGGUGCAGACGAGCGAGACCAUCCAGUCCAAGAUAUCGCCGGCGUCGCUGGGCACGCUGCAGUACAACGGCUUCGUGCUGUCCAACGCGCUUCUCUAUGGCGUGAACUCGGUGUACCGCAGCGACAACUGCACUUUCCGCUUCGGCGACUCCUCGUUUGACGUGCUCGUGCACCUCGGCGCGCGGGACCUGGUGCUCGAGUCCGACUGGAAGAGGACCUGGCUCUUCAUACCGUUCGGCGGCAAGCUGGGCGCCAAGGUAGAGGACGUCAGCAUCUCUAUGGACAUCAAUGUCGACAACAACGGCACACCCUCGCUCCGCAAGCUUAAGGUGGCUCGACUGAGCGACAUCCGCAUCACCCGGGCAACGGGCGCGAGCGUCCUGUUCAACUGGGCGCUGCGCAGCAUCCUCAACUGGGCCGUCAACGCCAACAAAGGCCGCAUCAUCCAGCUGCUGGAGACCGACGGAGCGAUGGCCAUCAACGAGGCCAUGAAGGACCUGGGCACCAAGCUCACCUCGCUCAAUGAGUUCCGCAAGCGCUAGGUCGUGCGCGGCCACGGGAACGAGCGGGGGCGCGGAAGGUCACGGUGCGCGUAGUCGCCGCAGAACGCCCCGAUGUGUGUACGCGCCGGCAUCGCGAUGCGCCGAAAAAAAGAAACGCGCGGGGCAAGGCACAAUAAGCAACGGCGCUCCUCAUGCCUGCGCUCCCUUACGAAGCCGAGCUAAUACUAUAGCAAGUUCAGGGUCUUUUAUAUCCGCGCGCACGUUACUGUGCCGUUAUAGUAAACUUUAGCUGGGCAUUACAAAUGUGUUUGCGCGCGCUCCUGCGCCAACCAUUCAUUUCGUCAGCAACAACUAUACGCGCUUUGUGAGAGUGUUCGAUGGUUUUACGAUAUUCGCAAGAAAUCAUGCUAUACAGUCAGCCAAUACAGUGAACAGUAGUUAUUACAAAAACGCAAAGUGCAGCCAGAAGUAAACGUAUUAAUAUAUAUAUAUAUAUAUAUAUA